CAACAAAAAUUAUUACUUUUGCGUCAAAGUAACGCAUCCAUGGUGAAAAUUUUUAACAAACAAAAAAAGGCGUGAUUAUUGCAUAAAUUUUGUGCUAAGUUUGGUGUGCACCGUGAGACACGCUAAAUUUGCAUUAAAAAACUGUAACCUAUGGUUGAAAAAUUAUUGCACCCAAACGUGCUGAGAUAUUGCGUAAAAAUACCGCACCAAUAUCUCGUUAAUACCCACAUUACAUGAGGCGUUAAAAUCAUGCAAUUUAUACGCAAUGAAUGGUGGGUGCGAAGAGACAGGCAACGCGCGAGAGUUUGAAUCUAAGAGAAGCGUGGUAUUUCCUUUUCUCUCCCACCCUCGCAGUCUCGUAAAUUCCCUGUUAAUUUAAUUCCCUGUUAAUUUAUCUGUUGUCUCAAUGUCGCCAAAAAAAUAUUACAUAAUUGAAUUCCCCCCUGAUAAAUACAAUUCAGUGCCUGUGGAGCUUGUUCCAAGUCACUGGGUUAUCCCCGCAGAGAAAGUUUGUCUCUGGCCACCAAACUCUGGGCCAAGUAUUAGAAAUUUGAUAAAAAAGGGCACUGCUAUUCCUGAUGUCAAGUGGGGAAGAGUUAGCUACGCCAGGAUUAUUGGGAAUUACGAUGAUUAUGAAGUUGCGACAAAAAAACUUCAAGUAGCCGAGGACACUUCCAACUUGGAAAGUGAAACAGAACCAGAAAGCAGAUUAAGGAGCAAGAAGAUAAUUCCCGAUAUUCAGCCCAGCAGCACACGAGGGGAUGUAACGUCUUCAUCCGAUGAGGAGGAUAGCGACGCGAACAAAAACAGUCCUCCGUCUGGCUCACUUCUGGAUAAUUUGGAGCUGGACCAACCAUUGAGCAUUCCUGAAAUAAUUCCCGAAACUGAAGAGCAAAGCAAUCUACAAGUAGGAAAUCAAGUUGAAACUGGAGACACCUCUUUUGUUGUUGUAAAUUCGCAGGAGUUAAAUGAUUUACGGCUGUUGAUUUCAAGGACAACGCAAAGUGUGCUAACUUUGUUGGAAAAGCAGGCUGAAGACAUUAAAGACAUUAAGGCUUUACUGAUUAAUGUGAAACAAAGGCCGGAUGGUAGGAAGGCUCCCAAUUUCAGUGCCAUUCCAAAAUUACCCCUCGACAACGAGGUAGCACUGGCGGAGUUUGAAUCUUGGCUCGAGGUGGAUUCAAAUCGCGAAUUACUGGUUGAAUAUUUGGCAUUUUCAACUGCGACACAGAUCGAGGCGAGCAGUAGAAAAAUCUUGAAAAAAUUAUUUACGAAUGAAUUUGGCAGGCGAAUUAAUUUUACGGGUAAAGGAAACAAGACAUCGAUGAAAAACCUAAAACUAUUGGAAGUCGUAAAAGAAACCGUGCGAAACGUCUUUACAGUUGAGUCCGUUCCCGAUCCCAAAAAUCCCAGCGGCCGUAUUCCCACCGAUGAUAUAAUUCAAACUGCAGCAAUGAAUUGGUUUCGUUCUUCAAAAAGUAGUUGCAACGACGACGCUCCCUCGGGAAUUGCAUCAUAA